GAUUUCUGUGUUGAAAGAAAUAUUGGUAUUGUUUUUAUCAAACAUAAAGUGCUUUAGAAAAAUAAAAAGUGACUCAAAGUAGGUUUAUUACUCACCGGUUCGACCAGCCUUCGAGAGACGUGCUCCUCUGCUCAGGCAACCUGAAAUGGAGCUUGACCACACAGAACCUGAAAAUCCGGAGUCUGAUGGAGAGUUCGCCUUUGAAACUGAUCACUUAGCCUUACGAGGAAACAAGGAUUACUGCCAGUUGCUAAAAUACAUAGUUAAUUUAGAAGCUAAGAAAAUUCAGACACUAAAAGAUAUGGAUGACUUAGCCGAGAGGCAAAAUAAAGCUCUAGAUGAUCCUUUGCAGUUUGUGCAGGACUUAAAAGCGGGUAAAGUAAAUUUUCCAGCUCAUCAAACCAUCCCAGAUUUACCAAAAAUAGACUGGAGCCAAUAUGGGCUAGAUCCGCAACUUGAGGAUGAACUCAGAGAUGUAAAGCCGAAUAAAGAAGAUUUAGACAAUAGUAUAAAAAUUAGAGGACGUAAAUUCACUGACAAUAAACCAGAAACAUUUAACCAGUUGUGGUCAGUCGAAGAACAAAAAAGAUUAGAAGAAUUACUUGAAAUAUAUCCUGAAGAGCCAGUUGAAGCGAGGAGAUAUAAGAAAAUUGCAGAAGCACUUGGUACAAGAACACCAAUCCAAGUUAUGAGCAGAAUACAGAAAUAUUUUGCCAAACUAGCUAAAGCUGGAUUGCCCAUACCCGGUCGGGCUCCCAAGAAACUUCUUCAGGGAAAAAAUAAAUCUGUUUUAUACAAAAAAUCUACAUUCUUUCCGCAACUCCAUGUUCCUGUAAAAAUGGAAGAUCCUCAUGAUAUGAAUGAGGAACCUGAGACUUCAAUGUCUUUGGAGGCGAAGCCAGGUCCAAAGCACAUGUUAGAGUUACUAAAGAAUGCGAAAGAGCAACGGUCACUAGAUGAGAUAUCACCGGUGUAUCAGACAAAGACAAUGUGCGUUGGGUGUCAGAAAACUGGUUUCCUUGGUGCGAGGUGGACAGAUAAUGCUGGCACUGACUACUGCACAGAUUGCAUUGUAAAACUACUUCCAUGUGAGAAACUAAUACCUGUACGACAACCUAUUUAAGUAAUUAAUUAUAAGAAAUUUGUUUA